CAAAAUCAGCUGUUUCAUGAUGACGGUCGACUGCUGGAUCGCAACGAAAUAGUUUUCUCCUUCGAUUGAUAAAAAAUAUAAUGAAUUAAUAAAACUUGUAUAUAAAGUAGUGAUAAAAUUCGAAAAUUUGACAAUUAUGGCUACGAGAAAUUUAACAGAACCUUUUAUUUUAAUGAGAAAUAAUGCUCUCCAAAGCAAACAUAUUUAUGCCGAGCAGAAUUUAUCGGAUAGGACAGCUUUAGUUAGUUCAGAUUCCAUUCCUGCGGAUAAUGUUGAACUUAGAAAUAUAAAUUUGAGUGAUUCAACACCUCCAGUAUGGGCAGAUGCAUUAGAAGAAACACAAUAUAUUCUUAGUAGAUUAAGAAUAAAAAUAGAUAGUUUAAUGGAAUUGCAUGCUAAACAAUUAACUAGACCAACUUUAGAUGAUACAUCACAGGAAGAGAGGCAAAUGGAACAACUAUCUCGUGAAAUAGGACGUGCAUUUGCCAAUGGUUAUCGUCAAGUACAAACCAUAAAAACAGCUGCAAGACACGAAACAAAACCUGCUCAACGACAACUUGCAGUAAAUGCAGUAUUAGCACUUUCUUCUGCCUUGCAAGAUUUGGGAAUACGUUAUAGAUCAGCUCAAAAUCAUUAUUUAACACAGAUUAAAUCAAGGGAAGAAAGAAGUAAUCAAUUUUUUAGCGAAGAUCAAUCCUUUUUAAACAAUGUGGCAUCUGCUUCUUGGUUAAUGGAAUCUAAUGAUCCUAAAACUAAUUACUGGGAAGAAGAUGAACAACGGCAAGAAUCUGUUCUCUUACAAUUAGAAGAUCCAGAAGAAAGGUUAAAAGUAGCUGUAGAAAGAGAACAACAAAUUGGAAGUAUAGUCCAAAGUAUUGCAGACCUAAAGUAUAUAUUUAAGGAUCUGGCAAAUAUGGUACAGGACCAAGGAACUGUUUUAGAUCGGAUUGAUUACAAUAUUGAACAGACACAAGUACAAGUAUCUGAAGGUUACAAACAAUUAAAAAAAGCUGAUUCCUAUCAAAGAGCUAAUAGAAAACUUUAUUGCAUAGUAAUUUUAGCAGCUGCUAUUAUUUUACUUUGUUUCUUAUUUCUCUUAUUAAAGACAUAAAGUACAGUGUUCACAAACAUAUGGAUCUUCAUUAGUCUUCAAUAAGUCAUUGUUAUUUAUUAAUAUGUUUUCCAAUUUAAUUGCUUAUAUGUAAGAAAUAUGUAAAAAUAGUGAAAGCGAUACAUUUUCAUAAAAAGAAAUAUUCACCAUAGAAUUGAAAGAAUAUUUUUUAACACAGUAUUUAUAGACUUACAUAUAACAGUUAUUAAAAAAUAAUGAAUUACAGAAAAAUAAUGCAAACUGUGAAUAUUGAUGAUAAUGCUUACAAUGGCCUUUAAAAAAAAUAUUAAUGUAUUCCACAUUAUAUCAAUAUAUUUUCAUUCAAUACAUAAAUGUCAAAAAUGUAUGAGAAUGACAUAAAUUUUAUAUGUAUAACAGAACUAGAAAUAAUGUUUUGGAAUUAUACUAAUUCAGUCCUACAUAUAAUUAUAUUUCCAUCUUGAAUAUUUAAAUAAUUUUACUAUGUUACUGUCAUUCCAUAAAGUAUACAAUUAAAAAAUAUAAUAAA